UGUCGCUGCGGAGUUUUGCCGUUGCGGUGAACCUCGGGAGCGGCGCUUGUGAUUGGCAUUGGGUUCCAAUGACGACGAGAGAGAGAGAGAGAGAGAAAGAGAGAGAGAGAGAGAGACUCCCAAAUCAGCUGAUUCCGGUUCCAACCCCGAGACACACACACACACACCCGGAGAGGGAGGACAACCGAUGCUGAGGAGCGACGAGGGACAGAUCUGUGUCCCCCCAUCACCACCACCAUCACCAUCAUCAUCACCGCCGCCCCCUCCUCCCCAACAGUAACCCACACUUUACAUGGAAGAGGUGGAGCCCCAUCUCAGUCCUCAUCUCACGCCGGUAUUCUAUCCAGAUGCACCUGAAGCAGAUGUCCAGGCAGAGGGACUUCCCUUCAACAUUUUCUCUAACCUACACAAGCUGGAGGACGAAGAGAAGGAGCAGGAGGAGGACGAGCAGCAGCAGAAGGGGAAGUACCAUCAGAGCCUCCACCUACUGAAACCCUUUCGAACAACACACAAGCACAAACAUCCUAUAGACAACUCCGGCCUCUUAUCUUUUAUGACCCUGAACUGGCUUUCCCCUCUAGCAUGGAAGGCGUACAAGAGUUCCCAGCUGGUAAUGACCGAUCUCUGGGGCUUGUCCUGCAACGAAUCCUCUGAAGGAAAUUCUCGGCGAUUUGAGAAGCUUUGGCAGGAUGAAUUGAAGCAACGUGGACAAGAGAAGGCCUCACUUGGGCACGUAGCGUGGCGUUUUUGCAGAACACGGGCACUCAUUGCUAUUAGUUGUCUGAUGAUUACAAUGCUCGCUAACUUUGCUGGUCCUGCUUUUGUCAUUCGGAGACUGUUGGAAUAUUCACAAGGCUCAGAAUCGAACCUUCAGUACGGGCUGCUGUUGGUGCUGGGCAUUUUUAUGGCGGAGCUGGUUCGUUCCUGGUCAUUUGCUCUGACCUGGGCUAUAAACUAUCGAACAGGGACUCGACUCCGGGGAGCGUUGCUGACACUGGCCUUCGAAAAAAUCCUCAAACUACGAACCAUGAAAGACAUGACUGUUGGAGAAUUGGUGAAUAUGUGCUCCAAUGAUGGACAGCGCCUCUUUGACGUGGCCUCCGUGGGCUCUAUGCUGGCAGGGGGACCCAUGGUCGCCGUAUUGGGAAUCGUCUACUCUGCUUUGUUCCUCGGACCGACUAGUCUACUGGGCUCAGCUGUCUUCAUUCUUGUUUAUCCAUUACUGAUGUUCAUCUCUCGGUUGACGACUUACUUCAGGAAAAAAUGUGUGUCUGUCACUGACAGGCGUGUGCGACUGAUGAAUGAGAUCCUAAACUGCAUCAGGUCUAUCAAGAUGUAUGCCUGGGAGAAGCCGUUUUCUCAAAAGAUUCAUUCGAUCAGGAAUGAGGAGAGACAUUUUUUAGAGAAGGCGGGCUAUGUGCAGAGCAUCACAGUGGGAGUAGCUCCCAUCGUGGUGAUUAUAUCCAGUGUCUGCACCUUCACACUGCACAUGGCCGUGGGGUAUGAUCUCACUGCGGCUCAGGCAUUUACAUUUGUUGCAGUCUUUAAUGCCAUGACCUUCGCCCUCAAAAUCACACCUAUUUCAGUAAAAGCUCUGUCUGAGGCAUCUGUUGCUAUGGACCGGUUUCAGAAUUUGCUUUCAAUGGAAGAACAGCAAGUUAUCCGGAAACAGCCUGAAAGUGCGCUGAGUGCCAUAGAGUUCCGGGACACCAGCCUGGCGUGGGAAAGCAGCAAAGCCUCUCUCUUCAAGAAUCGGCAGAACUCCAUUUACCAGGGUGGAGCACAGGUGAAGGCAAAGGGUGAGAAGGAGAGGGUGUUGAGGAAGGAGAAGUUGAAACUCUACAUUGAAACUGAUCCAAAGGACUCACUAGCGGCACAGAAUGGUCACCUGAUUGUGUUCCCCAACGAACCUCUGAACCCUGACAAUGUUGACGGCUCUUAUACCGAACCCAAAGUUCAAAGGAUCUUACACAACGUCAACCUAACUAUACAACAGGGUAAACUGGUGGGAAUCUGUGGCAGUGUCGGCAGUGGGAAAAGUUCCCUGAUCUCGGCUAUCCUGGGCCAGAUGAUUCUGCUGAAGGGGAGCAUUGCAGUGAGGGGCACCUUUGCUUACGCAGCUCAGCAGGCUUGGAUCUUUAAUAAGUCCCUGCGCGAUAAUAUCCUAUUCGGCAAAGUGUACGAGGAAGAAAGAUAUAAUACAGUGCUGGAGGCUUGCUGUCUGACCUCUGACAUCGCAAGCCUGCCUUAUGGAGACAUGACCGAGAUUGGUGAACAGGGCACCAACCUGAGUGGAGGGCAGAGGCAGAGGAUCAGCCUGGCCCGCGCCCUGUACAGCGAUCGGAAUAUCCUCCUCCUGGACGAUCCGCUGAGCGCUGUAGACGCCCACGUGGGAGCUCACAUGUUCAGCCAUGCCAUCAAGGAAGGAAUGAAAGGGAAGACUGUCCUCUUUGUAACCCAUCAACUUCAGUAUCUGGAAGAUUGUGACGAGGUGCUGUUCAUGAGGGAUGGCUGCAUUGCGGAGCAAGGCACACACGAGGAGCUGAUGGCUCUCAACGGAGACUUCGCUGCCCUGCUCAACAGCAUGCAGCAAGCUAACCUCUUUCGGAAGAACUUAAGAAACCAUGACCAGAAGACAGGAAGUAGGCCUGCAAAAUCGGUGUCUACAAGCAAAUCUGUGACUAUUGUGCGUGAUAAGAAAGAAGCAGAUCAGCUCAUGGUCGCCGAAGAGAAAGCUGAGGGCUCUGUGCCCUGGGCUAUGUACGGAAUUUAUAUCCAGGCUGCCGGGGGCACUCUUGUCUUACUUGCCAACCUCUUCCUGUUUGUGCUGACGACGGGCAGCAUUGCGUUCAGCAACUGGUGGCUCAGCUACUGGAUCAAGCAGGGCAGUGGGAAUUCGUCGGUCGCUGUGGGUAACGGGACCAUCAUCAGCGGCAGCAUGAAAGAUAACCCCAAUCUGAACUUCUACACCUGGGUCUAUGCCCUGUCUAUGGUGGCUGUGCUGCUCCUCAAGGCACUCCGUGGUUACGUCUUUGUUAAGUGCACAAUCAGGGCUUCCUCCACUCUGCACGACGCUCUGUUUGAGAAAAUCCUUAGGGCUCAGACUAAGUUCUUUGAUACUACACCUCUUGGUCGCAUCCUCAACAGGUUUGCUAAGGAUAUGGAUGAAGUUGAUGUGCGGCUACCCAGUCAGACGGAGAUGUUGGUCCAGAACCUCCUCCUCAUCCUGUUCUGCCUCGGUGUCGUCAGCUUAGUCUUCCCCUGGUUCCUCAUUUCAGUCUUACCCCUCAGCAUCAUUUUCAUGGUUGUUAACAAGAUCUCAAGGGUACUGAUCCGUGAGCUCAAGCGUUUGGACAACAUCAGUCAAUCGCCGUUUACGUCUCACAUCACAUGCAGCCUGCACGGCCGAUCCACCAUCCACGCGUACCACAAGGGGAAAGACUUCCUCCAGAGGUUCCAGGAGCUACUGGACUGUAACCAGUCACCUCACUUCCUGUUCAACUGUGGGAUGCGGUGGCUGGCCGUGCGGCUGGACAUCAUCAGCACCAUCCUCAUCACCGUGGUGGCGCUGCUCAUCGUUCUGAUGCACGGAGGCAUCUCCCCAGCCUAUGCCGGACUCGCCAUUUCCUACGCAGUCCAGUUGACGGGAUUGUUCCAGUUCACUGUCCGUCUCGCGUCUGAAACCGAAGCCAGGUUCACGUCCGUAGAAAGGAUCAACCAUUACAUCACGAACGUGGAGAGCGAGGCUCCGACCCACGUCCCGGGCUCCCGCCCUCCCCCCGGCUGGCCUCAGGAAGGACGCAUUGAGUUUAGCGACGUGGAAAUGCGUUACCGCGACAAUCUGCCGCUCGUGCUGAAGAAAAUAACCUUCGACAUCAAACCUCGGGAGAAGGUGGGGAUCGUGGGACGCACAGGCUCAGGGAAAUCGUCUUUGGGAGUGACACUGUUUAGACUGGUAGAAAACUGCAAUGGUUCCAUUAUAAUCGAUAAUGUGAAAAUCUCUGACAUCGGGUUGGACGACCUGCGAAAGAAGCUGUCCAUCAUCCCACAGGAACCGAUGCUCUUCAUAGGGACGGUCAGGUCAAACCUGGAUCCCUAUGACCAGUGUACAGACGCUCAGAUUUGGGAUGUGUUGGAAAGAACUCACAUGAAAGAGAGUAUUGCGCAGCUUAAUGAGCAACUGGACUGUGAAGUCACAGAAAAUGGAGAGAACUUUUCGGUGGGAGAGAGACAACUCUUGUGUGUGGCCCGAGCCCUCCUCCGACACAGCAAGAUUUUGCUUUUGGAUGAAGCGACUGCUGCGAUCGACACGGAAAUGGAGGUGUUGAUUCACAAGACCAUUCAAGAGGCCUUCAGUGACUGCACGACUCUGGUCAUCGCCCAUCGCCUUAACACGGUGCUCAACUGUGACCGGAUCAUGGUGAUGGAUCAAGGAGAGAUCGCUGAGUUUGACAGUCCCUCUGCCCUGCUAGCCAACGACAGCUCGCAAUUUCGUGCCUUGCUGACCGCAGCGGAGAGCAGGUUACCACAGCCACCGUCCAGCGGGUAAUGCCCACCCACCAGGGGGUAGCCCGGUGGGAUUGCAACAAGACCUGCCCGUUCUCUCCCUCCCCCAUCCCCCCCACACACUCCCCUUCCUCUUCCCCCAGGGGUGUCCGUGUGGGUGCAGGCUGCUCAGAGAAACCUUCUCACAAUCACAACAGGAGCGAAGAAGCGAGCGUGAAGAAGCUUCAUGGAUAAAGAAAGUUUCUAAAGUUUUUUUAAAAAACUUUUAAGAUGAACGUUCUUAUUUAUUAUAUCCUACAGAGAAACUUUGAACACUGUGCAAACACUGUGCGAACGCCAGUCAUUUGCACAGCAUGUAAUGUAUUUCAAAGGACUCAUACAUGUAGUAUUUAUCUUGAUGGUUCGUGCUCCAAUGCAGCUCCACAGUUCAGGGGAGCUAGGAGCGGAACAGAUCACUGCAAACAUUCAAAACAGGUGCUAUAACCUCUGUUGUCGUUUCUGGGGGGAAAACAAAUCAUUGGUUGGAUUUGCUCAUGCCAAAGAAACUGUCGUUGGGUUGACCGGGGAAGAACGAAGCUCACAGCAAAGGGACGAGAAGCUUUUAUGUUUGUGUUGCCCAAGCAAAUUGAAGGCGUUGGGAGGAAGCGAUGAAGUCAUUACAGAGAAAAAUCAUUGGUGCUUUCAUCUGCGCUAAAACCAGUGCAUUUCUUUGUAGCCUCUUUGUCCUCAGUGGGUAAAGGGUCCCAAAUCAAAUGGACGGUUCUUGGGUUUGGCUAAACGAUAUUUAAAAGGGACAAGGCCAUUAUAAGUGAAGGGCAAGGCAUUGCGCUCCUUUUCGGGUCAUGAAAGAAAAUCUUGGGUUCUGUUUAACGGUGCAACAAACACCGUGAAAUUAUUUGCUGAUAUUAAUCCCCGAAGGAGUUAAGUGGCUGUCUUCCAAGUCGGUCAAAAGUCGUGGGUGGGGGAGGGAGGGGCUGAAUUUUUUUUAAGAAGUGGCAAGGCCGCUUAAAGGGAGGAAAGGGUGUGGAGCUGCUUUCAACAACAACAAGAUUACAUUUGUAUAGAAAUCACUAUUCUGUUAAUGCUCGUCACAAACAUUUUUGGGUGUUGAUUUUUACUUUUAUUAUGUAACUAUGGCUAUUCUCGUCAGAAGAUCAAAUGAACGAUUGCGAGAAACUAACACUUACUAGUGACCAAGAAGCCUUCAGCCCUGUUCUGUUUCUUCUGUCCUGUUUCUCCACGCAUCAACCCUCAGCUGAUAUUCGUCUAGUUUCCAGGUCUAAUUUAUAACCAUCGCUGGUCUGAUCUUGUCUCCAUUCUUCCUUCCUUCCUUCUCCUGUUGUCACACUCCACUUCUCAAUAGAACGCUAAAGAUGACUCCAAAAGGAUAGGAAGAGCUCAAUGAUCACAAAUCCACAGCACAGGCACAGGUUGAGGAUCUGAUUGCCUACAAGGGCUCUCUGCUUUCAGUCUCACUGAUACUCUGUGCUUCUGUGCAAUUCCUUGUUGAGUCCAAAAGUGAACUCCUGAUUUGUCGGUCACUACAAGUGGAUUGUCCCAAUGUGGUCCCUUGUGCUAACGCUGGAGGACAAUCAAUGUAUCCCAUUCACCUCUUUGGUUGGCCAACAAAUAAAUGUUUCUUGAUUGAAUAUGUUUUUGAUUUACGUCAUAAGUCUAUGCUAUUUUGCUAUUUCUGGGAUUUUGUUGGUCAACCAACCCAAACAGUUGGCCACCGCUGACAUAAUUAGCUCAGGUGUUUUUUGUUCCAUCACCUUCUCUUUAAAGCCAUAAUAAUACGAUCAGGAGAUGUGUGCAGAUGGGUGAAGAGCCUUUCCCCUUUAAACCUUCUGAACCAGAUGCUUCCUUAAUAUCCGUGCAAUGAAUUCUGAAAAGAUACGCUUGUAGCUCAUCCGACUAAACUGAGCUUGGUACAGCCUGCUGAAUGGUACAUCAAUUAAUAUUAUCGCAAAUACCCUCUUGUCUGACUGCCAGCAUGUUGGAAAGGCUUUAAGGGUGAUGUACAUGGUGCAACAUAGUGGGACAGAGAGAGAUUCAGCAACCUCAUGGGUUCCUGCCUCGUUUGACGCUUUUGAGGCCAAGUGCUGUUCCGUGACCCACUCAAAGGCCCACACUCGAAGCUCAGUGUUUCAGUACAGAACAGCAACCAUUCUCGUAACCUAAGCCUCCUUGAAUGUAAAAUGACAGUUUUAAAAUCUAAUAAAGAUAUUUUUAUACA